UUAAAUGCUACUUUCUUUUCUUUUAAUUUUAACUUUGUUCCAUAUUCAGGAAUACUGGAAAAGAUACAAUUGUGUUUAAUAAAGAAACUGCUGCCAGAUUUGGAAGACAGAAGGAAAUAUCAUGAGGAGUUUGCCUCAUCCACGUCAUUUCAUGGUGUGCAUAACAUCGUCCACAGGCAGAGCAAGGCUCGCAGAGCGCUGUGGCUGCUGAUAGUCGCAGGCUGCCUUGCCAUUGCUAUUUGGCAGAUCUGCAGCCGCUUCAUCUACUACUUCAGCUGGCCAACCACAACCACAGUGGUGGUUCAGUAUGUGGAAAACAUCAAAUUCCCCGCUGUGACCUUCUGCAACUUGAACAGGUUUCAAGCUCAUGCAGUGAGCAACAUGAAAGUAAUUUUUUUAAUUUGGAACAUUGUAUCUUCAAUUCUCCAAAAAUUUGCUGUGGAAGAUAAAUAUUCCCAGGAGUUAAAUGAUUUCCUUUUUGGGAACCAGAACUUCAGCAUCAAAGACUUUACAAGGAAAAAUGGGUUUUAUCUGAACAGCAGCACAUUGCUAGAAUGUGAUUUUUUUGGAAAGCCAUGUUACCCACAGGAUUUUGAACAGGUUUUCACUGAAUAUGGAAACUGCUUUACUUUUAAUCACAAUGAUCUUUCAGCAAGAAGAGUGAGUUUGUCUGGAAGAGGCUUACAUUUGCUUUUUGAUGUCCAGCAGGACAAAUUCACCGACGAACCUACUCUUGGUUACACUGAUGCUGGAAUAACGUUUGUUAUCCAUUCACCCCAAGAGCUUCCACGUUUUGAUGGUUUAGGUUUACUGACACCAGUGGGGAUGCACGCACAGGUCGCAAUCCGUCAGCUGAAGUCAAUUAUCCAAGAAUACCCAUGGGGAGAGUGCAAGCCUGAUAUAAAGCUUCAGUACCACAAGAUUUACAGUACUAACGGAUGUUUGCUGGAAUGCAAAGCCCGGUACAUACAGGACUGGUGUGGCUGUUUGCCAUUCAUUCUUCCAGGAAAUGGAACAGAAUGUGACUUGCUGAAAUUUUACAAAUGUGUUUAUCCAGCUGUCUAUGAGAUAGAGAUAAAAGGAUUAUGUACAGCAGGAACACACAAUUCUACUUGUCCUGUCCCAUGUGAAGAAACAGAUUAUCCUACCACUGUCACCUAUUCAAACCUUGGAGGAGAAAAAACCAUAAAAUAUUUUUCUACUAAACUGAAGAGAAGCCCAGAAUACAUCAGGCAGAACCUUGUGCGUAUUGAGAUUAAAUAUCAUGAUCUGAGCUACAAAAUAACACAGCAGCAGAAGGCCUUGACUAUCUCUGAGUUGCUUGCUGAUGUAGGUGGCCAGCUUGGAUUGUUUUGUGGUGCCAGUAUGAUUACAAUCAUAGAACUGCUAGAGUAUAUAUUUACUAACUUCUGUUGGAUGUGCAUCUUUCUUCUUUUGAAAGCUCCUGAAAUGCCUCAAUGGAACAAUCCAUCCCACGACCAACCAAUACAUAAGGAAAAAAAGAGAGGAAUACAGGAAUGUUAGUGGCUUGUAGAAGUCUGGAACUAACUGGUUUUCCAAAUUCCCUUUCUUUUUAAGAUACAAAGGAGAUAGUAAUAUUUCACAUUGCUCCCUUCUUUGCACUCCGUAUCCUCCCUUCUUUCCACUAAAACUAUUUAACUGUACUAAGUAACUUUAAACAGUCCAUUUCACAAAGUCUCACUUUCCUUCUCAUAUAAAGGAAAAAUGUAAUCUUUAACUUUUAUUUUAAUAAAUAAACUUUUUUUUUUUUUUUAAAAUGGCAUAGCAAGUGAUGCUGACAUAUGAUACAAUUUAGCAUUCCUGACCCAGUUUUUAUCUUCUAUGUUUUGAGUGAUGACAAGUAAUACACAUGCCAAACAAUCUCACAGAAAUUUCUUGACUACCAUAAAUAUGGAGCAUUGCUGUUCUUAAAAUGCAGGUUCCUUAUUAACAACUCUUCUAGUAGGUUAUCAUUGUAACAUAUUCCAGUGAAGAAUAUGGUAGCUUCACCUAGAACAACUAGGAACGUGACUAACAGCAAUAAAGUUUUCAGUACUAUCUGUCUGAAACUCAUUAAAAAAUCUCAUCAGUCUGCCAGCUACUAUAGAAAAUCACAGGGCAUCCAGGUGGAUGGCAAGUGGGCAAACAUGGGUCAAGUUCAACAUUUAAUGUCAUGAAAGAUGAAAGUAAAGGCUGAAGGCUUCAUCUAAGUCUUACUAAAUAUAAGUCAGUGUAAGAAUUUUGUGGCUUUGGUGCUGAUUUAGGCUUCCUGAACAUUUAUUUCUUUAAAAGUGUUCAGAAAAGCUUCUGUGAUUUCCUACAUCUGUUUGGGCCUAGAGCAGUAAUGGUUUAGUCUUACGUUUUUUUAAGACAGCAGUGAUUAAAUAAAGCAGUGAGUACUGAAGAGCCAAGUCCUUAAUGCCAGAUAUAAAGUAAUGAAAAUGCUAACAUUUGGCCAUCAUUGGCAACAGCUUCCCUUCAACACAAGCCCUAGGAUCUGCAAUUCAGGAAACACAGGAAAUGUUUUUGCUUCCUAGAAAGAGAUGCCUUGAUUUUUGUCCUCUAACCUUAAGCAUAACUCAAAAUAUUAUUUUUCUCAAUUCCUUUUCAUUGCUCACUACGCUUCUGCUGGGUCUUUUCCCCCUCACUAUUACCAAGCACAGGCACAUUUGGCUCAGCAGUCCUAUAAAAAGGUCAUUCUAACCCUACUGUCCAAGGCAUGUAUUAAACACAGAGGAAGAAUGGAAAGAACAGAGCAAACAUACUGCAGUAUUUCUCUAAAGACCUCUCCCAGCCUCAAACACUUACUAACUGUGGAAUUCUUAAGCCAAAAGAAAUUAUAGGUUUGGAAGUAGGAACCAGGUAUUAUCUGACUUCUGGAUAAAAAGAAAAGCAGGGUAAAGUUUAAACAUAGUAAUCUAGCACACCUUGUAUUUCAGAGAUCAAAGUGUUUUGCAGCUAUCAAUCACAACAAUUUGUUUUGUUUGCUUCUACUAAUAAGGGCUAAAUUAGAACUAAGAACAUUAGUAUUGUAAGGACUAAACAAAACGCAACUGGUAUUGUUUCAGUCCAAAGGUUCAAGUGAAAUGAAGCACAAAGCAUGCUAAAAAAUCAGCCAAAAAAAGCAACAGUCCUCAGAAAGAGAAGGUACUGCAAUCUUUGCUUUGUUUAAUAAGACUAAAAUGACUUUUGCUUACUCCACUGACUUUGGACAAGGACAGCUGAAUUCAUGGCUUGGUUACAGAUUCUUUUAACAUACGUGGCAGAAGGAGCUCUGAAGAAAGCACAAAGACUUGUUUUGCCCAAGGUCAAGUGACAGACUCAGAUUUUUUUUUUUUCAGCAAUGGUUUGUGAUAAGAUUAUAUAAAGCAAUUGAUUCCCCAGCACAGCUAAAUUUAGCAAGUGUGCUGUGCAGCAGAGCAGAAGUAAGGGUACUUUUGUAUUUUGAUGUAUGACUACUCCUCUAUUAUUGCAAUAGAAUUUUAAAAAGUGUUAAAGAAAUGUCUGGCUUUUCUGGAUGGGUGACAAUGUCUUAUCUACAAGGAUAGCAGAAGCAAGUAUUUUAAAGUUUGAACAGAUCACCUUCUAGUUUAGCAUGAUUUUUCUGCUUUUUAUUCAGUUUUCCUUUUCACAAGUGCACAUCUAUGCUCCAAGUAAACAUACUGGCAAGAUUUUCCCAUAGCAAUUGAUUCUAAAAUGGCAGUCCUAACAAUGAAAUUAGUUUACAUGACUGAGAAAUCCCCUUGGGCUCUUCCCAAGUCCUCGUCUGAUGUGCAAAAAGAGAUGCAAAAUAAAAUUUUGUAAAAAAAAAAUUAAAACUAUAUUUUUAAAUGCAUUCUGCAGAGGUUAUUAAACUUUAUUUAAUGCUGUAAGAAUCUCACACUGUUGCAUGUUUUCUAAAGAACAGAGAGAGGCAAUUUAGUUACAUGAAUAACUACCUGUGUUUGGGAACUCUGGACUUUUUAUAGACUAUUGUUGCAUUCCCUUAUAGAAUUUUAUAAGGAUUUUUCAUAGAAUAUUAUUUCAUUGCCUUAUACACAGUAUUUAUUUUCAACUCCUGGACAGCUGGUCAGAGUAGUACCAGGAAGACUUAAUAAACUAUCAGAGAACUUGCCAUGAGAGACUGGGGUGGGGGAAGGUUGGAGAUAGCUAAAGACACAAAUCACACCUUUUGACAAGCUUCUUUAUCUCACUUCCCUUAUUCUAACUGUCCCACAAGCCUACUAUUGCAAUGUACAUGGCAGACAUAUCUAAAGGAGUGCCAGAAAGUAAGGAAUUAUUCAAUCAGAAAUUGCAUUUUUUUCCCCAAAUAAUUCAGGAAACAGGUCUGGCACUUGCUUAUUUAGCAAAGGAAAAUGUAGAAUGUACAGAACGGCCUGUAUUUGGAUUUGGAGCAGACUUUCAUGGAGAAGAUGAACUCACUGCAACGUUUCACCAGUAGAUGCCCCACUUACCUUAGGCUGCUGUUCACAAGGCUUCUCUUGCACAGCUGAUUUCUCAGCACCUAUUAUAGAAUUUCUCAGUGAAACUGAAGUCAUAUUGGUUCCCUCUGGUUGAUGAUGUAUCAGCUGGGGAAAUAUUUCAAAGAAGCUGCUGGCAAAUCUGCCAUUAUUUAGAUUGAACUAAGAGACAUCAUCUUUGCAGCACUAUGCUUAGAUUGAUUUCUGAGGAAAACAAGCAAACAAAAGUAUACAGCCAUCCCCACUCUGCAUCAAAAUCAGCUGAUCAAAAUCAAGAUCAAAGCAUUCUUUAUGGAGCUUGUACAAGCCAGCUGAUCUAAUGUUCCUUAAGAAAGUGGUUAAGGUAAAAUAAUUAUCCUCACUAACUCCUUAAACUGAAACUACACAGGGGGGAAAACCAGUAUUUCCCUAUAUAAUCACUCAAGUUUGAAGGUAGUUAGCUGUGCCUACGCCCUAGCCCAAAUAUAAGUGUUUGCAUGGGGUGUGAAUCUGGUGCUGAAAAAACUUCAGAAAAGAACUCUUCCUUACCUGAGCAAUACCUCAUGGCAGCAUGAAACAGCCAAGUUUCUUACAAAUAAACAUUGCCUCGUACUUGCUCAGUGUUUUGGAAAUCCAAACAUCAUCAUGCAAUUCUAAAAACUCCCAGACCAACAUAAACCAUAGUGUUCCACUCACACUGUCUCUUGAAGUAUGAAGUGUUUCCAGAACUUCAUAAUUCUGUACACAGAAGUGAAUAUCCCUUA